AUGUCCUCUGCCGCCGCCAAGCGCGCCGAAGCGCGUAGAAAAGCUAUAUUAGCUCGCGGCACCGAUCGCCUAUCCAAACUAACUACUUCUGCGCGCGGUGAAGAUGCACCUCAGUUCGUCCAUGACGACCCACCGGACAUGCCUCUCCCGAACAGGCCCAUACGUACGAAUACUCAGCCGUCACAGCUCGAGAGCUUUGUCGGCGAGGGUACCAGUAACUCCUCCGCGAAUGGUACCAGCACCCCGACCCUUUUGGAGGCGAUGAACGACCCAAAUAUGAUGUCGCCCGAAAUGCAGCAACAAAUGAUGCGCAUGAUCCUGGGCGGGGGAAUGCCAGAUCCCGCAGGAUUGCCUUCCACAUCAGGCGCACCAGGCGCACCAGCCGAUGACCCCUUCGCCGCACUUAUGCAGUCUCUACAAAGUGGAGGACCUCCCGGCACGGCUCCUGGCGGCUUUCCCGGUAUGGGCAUGAUGCCUCCGCCGCCAAAACCUAGGACACUGUUACACAAGCUUCUGCCUCUGAUCCACCUACUGAGCGUAUGGGCUCUCGUCGGAUACUUUGUGUUCUGGUUUGAGCCACGCGUUUCCGGUUCAGCGGCAGGCUUCAGUCGCUGGGCUAGUUUGAUCACCGAGCGCCCACGACAAGGUGCAGCACGCAUGCUUGGUGUACAGCCUAUGCCAUUCUUCUACGCCUUCAUCACGCUCGAAUUGUGUCUACACUCGCUGAGGAUAUUCAUCGGCCUGGACGCAGUUCAGCCGCCAAUGCUGCUUGCACUUGCUCUGCCCCAUCUGCCGCCACCAUUACCUACGCUCAUCACGCAUGGGCUCAAAUAUAUCAAGAUGGUCGGCGCCCUAUUGGACGACUUAGCUGCGGCCAUCGUCGCUCUUGCUUUAUGUGCUUGGAUCUCCAAUAUGAUCUCAGGAUGA